CUUGGGGCUCACACUGGAUGGCUGUGAUGAGGACACAAGCGCAGCACCGGCUUCUGCAUACCACCACCUGACCAUUCCUCAUCAACAAUCCAUGGAUGUUCUGAUCGAUCAACCAGGCGUCUCCCUUACAUCUGUAGCCAGAUGUUGCUGCGUCGGAAGUUAUUCUUCGCGGGCUAUAAAUGCAUGGUAAUAUCACUCGGACACCUUCAGCACCACCAACCGUCCACGGCCCCCGCCAUCUCUCUCCCCUCUUCUUUGUCGUCGCUUCCAGACUUGAGCCACUACCAAACACAUAUGGCACAACAUCACCCACAAGCUUGGUCUUGGAUAGAUCUGCACCACCAUUAUCAGCAUCUCUACCAAGCAGAGGAGGAGGAAUCAAUGGUUGAGAGAGAAAACAUGUUUGAAAAGCCCCUAACCCCUAGCGAUGUAGGCAAGCUCAACAGGCUGGUCAUCCCAAAGCAGCACGCCGAGAAGUACUUCCCCCUCGGCCGCGACUCAGGCGAGAAAGGCCUUCUGCUGAGCUUCGAGGACGAAUCAGGCAAGGCAUGGCAGUUCCGGUAUUCUUACUGGACCAGUAGCCAGAGCUACGUGCUGACCAAAGGGUGGAGCCGCUUUGUCAAGGAGAAGAGGUUAGAUGCAGGCGAUGUCGUGCUCUUUGGACGUCCACGGUUCGGGGGAGACCGUCUCUUCAUCGGGUGCAGACAUCGGUGGGCAAACGAGAGCCCGCCACCGGCUCACGCCAUGGCCGUGCCCACUGCUGCAGGGCCACGGCGGGCAGUGUGCCACCCUGAUCCUUGCUCCUGUCCAACGAGCACCUCAUGCUUCAGCUCGGUGCAGGAGGACUGUCUUCUUCUUCGUGCAGGCGAUCAGAGGCAUGAAGCAGUGCAGAGUGAGACAGUGGCACCUGCUAACUCGAAGCGAUUCAGACUCUUCGGCGUGGAUUUGGACUAUCGGCCGGCGCCUGAGCCGGAGCCUUCGAUCCCAAUCUCAUGGUUUUAGGCCACAGCGCAUGCCAGUCCAAGCCGACAAAUGCUUCCAGCUCGGUUGCUGCAAAGACUUGACUCACAAGGUUGCCUAAAUCGAGAAAAUAGGAUAAAAGGAGGAAGGCCACGUUCACAAGGUUCGAUUCACUU